AAAGAAGGGUGCAGGGGAAACAUGGAAUACUUGGGAAGAAAUAUAAUAACAUGGCGAAGGAAAAGUGAUUCCUGGAAUAUCUUGUGCUGCCUGCCUUCCAGUAACUCUGUUCCCAUCCUACUUCCCUGUUUUAAAUCCGCAACCCUCUGAGCCAUGGGAAGAGACUUGAGCUCUUGGCUCUCCAACUUGUCUUUCGGAUAUCGAGGCGAUCACCGCAAGAGUCGUAAUCCGAGCAUCUACUACGACAACCCCAGCAAUAGCAGCAGCAGCAACGACUCCUACUACUACAUCGAAGACAGCAAUAUGAUCCGCAGGAAGAUGGCCAAGGGAAGACCUCUUUCCUUGCAGACCGUGGAGCUUAAAGUGAGGAUGUGCUGCACAGGUUGCGAGAGGGUGGUCAAGCAUGCUCUCCAAAAGCUUAGAGGCGUCGACUCGGUGGAGGUGGAGCUGGAGCUGGAGAAGGUGACGGUGACGGGAUACGUCGACCGGAACAAGGUGCUCAAGGAGGCGCGGCGGAGCGGGAAGAGGGCGGAGUUCUGGCCCAACCCCGGCCUCCCGCUCUAUUUCACCACCGCCAAGAACUACUUCCACGACGAGGACUCCUUCCGCGGCAGCUACAACUACUGGCGCCACGGCUACAACGGCGACAAGCACGGCCACGUCCCGGCGCCGCACCGGGGGGAGGACCGCGUCAGCAACAUGUUCAACGACGACGACGUCAACGCGUGCAGCGUCAUGUGAGGAGGGAUGGAUGCAUCUGCAUCGAGGACCACGAGAAAUGAUGGCGACUGCACCGGACGUGAUCAUCCAUACUGGUGCAUGUGGAAUAAUGGAAUGAUGUGUGUAUGGCUUUCUGGGGACGUGGCAGUUCACGUGGAAAAAGAUGUGUGGCAAGCAUGCAAGGGGUGUGUAAUAUGGAUUUCCAAUUUAUUUACAUUAUAAUAUUCGAAU